AAAGAAAAAGAAAAAGAAAGAAAGAAAGAAAAGGCAGAGCCCAGUAUCUACGGGCAGCGUUUCGGUCUCCGGUCCUCGCUCUCUUUUUCUCUCCCGUUCCGUCGCCAGCCCCUUCGCGUCUCUGCACCCUCCGUACCUGCCUGCUUCCGCGGCGCCUCGCAGCCUCCAGUCGCCUCCGUCCUGAUUGGGCGGAGACCCCCCAAUCGGCUGCGCGCCUGGGCCGGUGGGACUGCAUAUGUUAAGCUCUACUUCAUAUUAAUAAGCUCCAAUCGGGGCUUUAAGUCCUUGAUUAGGAGAGUGUGAGAGCUCUGGUCCCAACUGGCUGUGCCUAUAGGCUUGUCACCAGGAGAACAUUUGUGUUAAUUGCGCUCUGCUCUGUCAAGGAAACUUUGAUUUAUAGCGGGGGUGCGCAAAUAAUGGUUGCCGGUCGCACAUGGAUUCGGUAGAACUUUGCCUUCCUGAAUCUUUUUCCCUGCACUACGAGGAAGAGCUUCUCUGCAGAAUGUCAAACAAAGAUCGACACAUUGAUUCCAGCUGUUCGUCCUUCAUCAAGACGGAACCCUCCAGCCCGGCCUCCCUGACGGACAGCGUCAACCACCACAGCCCAGGUGGCUCUUCAGACGCCAGCGGGAGCUACAGUUCAACCAUGAAUGGCCAUCAGAACGGACUUGACUCGCCACCUCUCUACCCUUCUGCUCCUAUCCUAGGAGGUAGUGGGCCUGUCCGGAAACUGUACGAUGACUGCUCCAGCACCAUUGUUGAAGACCCCCAGACCAAGUGCGAAUACAUGCUCAACUCGAUGCCCAAGAGACUGUGUUUAGUGUGCGGUGACAUCGCGUCUGGGUACCACUAUGGGGUAGCAUCCUGUGAAGCCUGCAAGGCAUUCUUCAAGAGGACAAUUCAAGGUAAUAUAGAAUAUAGCUGCCCUGCCACAAAUGAAUGUGAAAUCACAAAGCGCAGACGUAAAUCCUGCCAGGCUUGCCGCUUCAUGAAGUGUUUAAAAGUGGGCAUGCUCAAAGAAGGAGUGCGUCUUGACAGAGUACGUGGAGGUCGGCAGAAGUACAAGCGCAGAAUAGAUGCGGAGAACAGCCCAUACCUGAACCCUCAGUUGGUUCAGCCAGCCAAAAAGCCAUAUAACAAGAUUGUCUCACAUUUAUUGGUGGCUGAACCGGAGAAGAUCUAUGCCAUGCCUGACCCUACUGUUCCCGACAGUGACAUCAAAGCCCUCACUACACUGUGCGACUUGGCCGAUCGAGAAUUGGUGGUUAUCAUUGGAUGGGCGAAGCAUAUUCCAGGCUUCUCCACGCUGUCCCUGGCGGACCAGAUGAGCCUUCUGCAGAGUGCUUGGAUGGAAAUUUUGAUCCUCGGUGUCGUGUACCGAUCUCUUUCCUUUGAGGAUGAACUUGUCUAUGCAGACGAUUAUAUAAUGGAUGAAGACCAGUCUAAAUUAGCAGGCCUUCUUGACCUAAAUAAUGCUAUCCUGCAGCUGGUAAAGAAAUACAAGAGCAUGAAGCUGGAGAAAGAAGAAUUUGUCACCCUCAAAGCAAUCGCUCUUGCUAAUUCAGACUCCAUGCACAUAGAAGACGUCGAAGCCGUUCAGAAGCUUCAGGAUGUCUUACACGAGGCCUUGCAGGAUUAUGAGGCCGGCCAGCACAUGGAAGACCCUCGCAGGGCCGGCAAGAUGCUGAUGACGCUGCCGCUCCUGAGGCAGACCUCUACCAAGGCCGUGCAGCAUUUCUACAACAUCAAACUGGAAGGCAAAGUCCCCAUGCACAAACUUUUUUUGGAAAUGCUGGAGGCCAAGGUCUGACUAAAAGCUUCCCCGGGCAUCCUAUCCUGCACGCCGAAAAAGGGAAAAAUAAACCCAAGAGUGAUGUCAAAAAAACUUAGAGUUUAGUUAACAACAUCAAAAAUCAAGUAAGACUGCACUGAUCAUUUAGCAGCAAGACUAUGAAGCAGCUUUCAGAUUCCUCUGUAUCCUCCUGAUGAGUUUUUUUCUACCUUAAUCUCAUCUUUUCUCCGUUUCUUUUGCUCUUUAUUUUUUUUUUCUCCCGCCCUAUUUUCUUUCUCUUUCGUUUCUUGCUUCCUUCAUCGCUGGUUCCCCACUCUCUCCUUUCCUUCCUUCCUUCCUUCCCUCCCACCCUCCUUCCUUUCUUCUACCUUCCUCCCUCUUUUCUCAUUCUUCCCCUUUCUUUUAAAUUUUAAUAGCUCUGGUUAUAAGAAAAUGUUGCUGCCUUUCCUUUCUUUUCCUUUCCCUCCCUCCCUCCCUUCCUCCCUCCUCCUUCCUUCCUUCCUUCUUUCCUUCCUUCCUUUCCUUCUGCUGCUGAACUUUUAAAAGAAGUCUCUAAUUGGAGAGUGAUGGAAGCCAGCCCUGCCAAAGGAUGGAGAUCCAUAAUAUGGAUACCAGUGAACUUCUUGUGAACCAUUACAUCCCCAAUGACUAAGGAAUCAGAGAGAACCAUGGCACCUAAGAGUACAGUGCAACAUACACAAAUUGACUGAGUGCAGUAUUAGAUUCCACUGGAGCAGCCUCUAAUUAGACGACUUAAGCAACGUUGCAUCGGCUGCUUCUUAUCAUUGCUUUUCCAUCUAGAUCAGUUACAGCCAUUUGAUUCCUUAAUUGUUUUUUCAAGUCUUCCAGGUAUUUGUUAGUUUAGCGACUAUGUAACUUUUUCAGGGAAUAGUUUAAGCUUUAUUCAUUCAUGCAAUACUAAAGAGAAAUAAGAAUACUGCAAUUUUGUGCUGGCUUUGAACAAUUAUGAACAAUAAUGAAGGACAAAUGAAUCCUGAAGGAAGAUUUUUAAAAAAUGUUUCAUUUCUUCUUACAAAUGGAGAUUUUUUUGUACCAGCUUUACCACUUUUCAGCCAUUUAUUAAUAUGGGAAUUUAACUUACUCAAGCAAUAGUUGAAGGGAAGGUGCAUAUUAUCACGGAUGCAAUUUAUGUUGUGUGCCAGUCUGGUCCCAAACAUCAAUUUCUUAACAUGAGCUCCAGUUUACCUAAAUGUUCACUGACACAGAGGAUUAGAUUACACCUGCAGUGACUCCGAGUGGUCACGUAUGUAAGCACCACACGUGGAACACAGAUCCGUAGAAUGAUCAGGAGCGCCCCUCUCUACCUGGGAGGUCCAGUUGCCGUAGGAUUUCUAGCUGCCACGGUGGUUAGGAAUGAGAUACUGCCUGUUUGCCAAGUUACAGACCUUUUCUCAGAAGGAGCUGUGAGCCAGUAUUCACCUAAGAGGCAAUAAGGCAAAUGCCAGAAUUUGAAAAAAAGAAACAA